AUGGGGGCAAUAAAAGCAGUCGUCAAGUUCAUCGUCGCCCCGAUUGCCAUCGUCGUCCUACUCGCCAUUCUCGUCGUGGUCUUGGUCAAGAUCAGGCGGCGCAGGGCCAAGCAGAAGGACAUUGAGCGAGGGGAGUUUCCUCCACCCUUUCUGCCGCCGCCGAAUCACCUCAUGGUGGCGCAGAAAGAGACGCCACAAUACUCAGCAGCAAAGGUAGCCGACACAGGACCGUCAGCGUUGCUUCAUGAUGCAUCUGCGAAACCAUCACCAGUCAGCCGGUCAAUCUGGGUACAGGCCGGCCUGCCGAUCGACAAGCGUGAUUGUGAAGUGCACGAGCUUUCAAUCCGCCUGAGAGUGGGUUAUAUUACCAUCACUUGGCUGCCAUAUGGCUGCAAUAUGAUAGAAAGUAGCGUGACGGGUAGAGAGCAUGUCUCAAGACGUUCCACACAAGAUGUAGUAGCACAAGAAACGCCUUCUAAAGACACGAUCCUAGUCGGGGUAUACAGAAAGCUCUUGACAAAGGAAGACCAUGAUGAUUUGUGUGUCUGA